AUGGACGGCAGAGGAGAGGGAGUUGAGGAAAACUUGUUGGCAGAGGGAGAAAUAGAGGGAGGCGGUGGUGUGUCCUCGACGAAGACCUUCGUUUCGGCGUCGAUGUUGGAGGAGAGGAGUGGCGGCGGAAGGGUUGUCAUCGUCGGAGAAGUUGAUGUCGCUAACUCAUCUCAAUGGCUGAGGUUCAUCUUCCUUUCACCAUGCCCUCAAAGAGCUCUUCUAUCUUCUAUUGAUAUCCUGUUUUUGCUAGCACUUAUUGUGCUUUCAAUUCAAAAACUCUAUUCUAAAUUUGCCUCCGGUGGCCGCCACGCCGGUUCUGACAUAAACAAGCCUCUCAUCAGAAAUGUCAGAGCUGUUGUUCUUCAAACUAGUCUGUGGUUUAAACUGUCUCUGAUUGUAACAGUUCUAUUAGCAUUGGCAUACACAAUUUUGUGCAUUCUGGCAUUUGUUAGAAAUACCCAGUUGGAAGAUAAGCUAGUUGAUGGACUGUUUUGGUUGAUUCAAGCAAUAACUCAUGUAACAAUUACAAUAUUGAUUGUCCAUGAGAGGAGAUUCCAAGCUGUUUCUCAUCCUUUGCCGCUUCGAAUUUAUUGUGUUGCAAAUUUCAUCAUCAUUUCUCUGUUCAGUGUUUCCGGGGUCAUUCGUGUAAUCUCCAUAGAAGAACUUGAUUUUGUUUUGAGACUGGAUGAUAUAAUUUCAUUCAUUUCUUUUCUGUUAUCGAUUGUACUCCUUAUGGUUGCCAUAAAAGGAUCAACCGGGAUUACUGUGAGGAGUGAAUCCGAUUCAGUUAUGGAUGUAGAACCUGAAUUAUAUGAACGCCUAUUGAAUGGAUGCAAUGUGAGUGGCUUUGCUAAGUCUUCUAUCAUUUCCAAAGCUUUUUGGCUAUGGAUGAAUCCCUUACUGAGUAAAGGCUAUAAAUCUCCUCUCAAGUCUGAUGAUAUCCCGGCCCUUUCGCCAGAACAUAGAGCUGAAAGAAUGUCUGUACUCUUCGAAUUGAACUGGCCGAAGCCUCAUGAAAAAUCGAAGCACCCUGUUCGAACCACACUGCUUCGGUGCUUCUGGAGGGAAAUCGCUUUCACUGCCUUCCUUGCAAUUGUGCGUCUUUGUGUCAUGUAUGUUGGGCCUGUUCUUAUUCAGGGUUUUGUUGAUUUCACCUCGGGGAAGGGGAGCUCCCCCUAUGAAGGAUACUACCUUGUUCUCACUCUCCUCAUUGCUAAAUUUGUGGAAGUUUUGACCUCUCACCAAUUCAACUUCAAUUCUCAAAAGCUUGGAAUGCUCAUUCGAUCUGCCCUUAUUACUUCUUUGUACAAAAAGGGCAUGAGGAUGUCGUGUUCGGCUAGACAGGCUCAUGGGGUUGGACAAAUUGUGAAUUACAUGGCUGUAGAUGCUCAGCAGCUCUCUGAUAUGAUGCUGCAGCUACAUGCUGUAUGGCUUAUGCCACUGCAAGUUUCUGUCGCCUUAAUACUUCUGUCUCGCUGCCUUGGUACCUCGACAAUUACAGCUCUAGUUGGGCUUGUAGUGGUUAUGUUGUUCGUUUUGAUGGGCACUCGAAGGAACAACCGGUUCCAACACAAUGUGAUGAAAAACCGGGACUCUAGAAUGAAGGCGACAAAUGAGAUGCUUAAUUACAUGCGCGUAAUUAAGUUCCAGGCAUGGGAAGAGCACUUCAACAAACGAAUUCAAUCUUUUCGCGAAUCAGAAUUUGGGUGGCUAACCAAGUUCAUGUACUCAAUAUCUGGCAAUAUCAUCGUUUUAUGGAGUACACCGGUACUUAUAUCCACUCUUACCUUUGGUACUGCAAUUUUGUUGGGGGUUCCACUCGAUGCAGGGACUGUUUUCACUGCAACAACACUAUUUAAGAUUCUCCAGGAACCAAUCAGGACUUUCCCGCAGUCUAUGAUCUCAAUAUCUCAAGCAAUGAUCUCUCUGGCGAGGUUGGACAAGUACAUGAUAAGUAAGGAGCUGGUUGAUGAGUCGGUGGAGAGAGAGGAAGCUUGUGAGGGUGGGAUUGCAGUGGAGGUGAAAGACGGAGCUUUUAGCUGGGAUGACGAAGGGGGGGAACGAAUUGUAAAAAAUUUAAAUUUGGAGAUCAAAAAAGGGGAGCUUGCAGCUAUUGUUGGGACCGUUGGAUCAGGGAAGUCUUCUCUCCUGGCUGCAAUUCUUGGCGAGAUGCACAAAAUAUCCGGGAAGGCUAGGGUUUGUGGCACCACUGCCUAUGUUGCGCAGACAUCAUGGAUUCAAAAUGGGACCAUUCAAGAUAACAUCCUGUUUUGUUCACCAAUGAAUAAGGAGAGGUAUAGUGAAGUUAUUAGGGUCUGCUGCUUGGAGAAAGACUUGGAAAUGAUGGAGUUUGGAGAUCAGACUGAAAUUGGAGAGCGUGGCAUCAACCUCAGUGGCGGUCAGAAGCAGCGGAUACAACUUGCUAGAGCUGUUUAUCAGGAUUGUGAUAUAUAUCUUCUUGAUGAUGUAUUCAGUGCUGUAGAUGCUCACACUGGGUCUGAAAUAUUCAAGGAAUGUGUGAGGGGAGUCCUCAAAGAUAAGACCAUUCUACUCGUAACUCACCAAGUUGACUUCUUGCAUAAUAUUGAUCUUAUCUUGGUCAUGCGAGAUGGGGUAGUUGUUCAAUCUGGAAAGUACAAUGAUAUUCUGCAAUCUGGCGUGGAUUUCCAAGCUCUAGUAUCUGCUCAUGAAACCUCCAUGGAACUAGUAGAAGCGGGAACUACCAUGCCCAAUGAGAACUCCCCCAAACCACCGAAAGUUUCCCGAGCAUCUUCUAACCAUGGGGAAGCAAAUGGUGACGACAAAUCUGUAGAACAAUCCAAUUCUGAUAGGGGUACUUCUAAGCUUAUUAAGGAAGAGGAGCGAGAAACUGGAAAAGUCAGCUUAAAUGUUUACAAACAGUAUUGCACCGAGGCCUUUGGCUGGUGGGGUGUAGUAACGGUGUUGCUAGUCUCAUUAUUGUGGCAAUGUUCUCUAAUGGCGAGUGAUUAUUGGUUGGCAUAUGAAACUUCAGAAGACCGUGCUAUGUCGUUCAACCCAUCUCAAUUCAUUAGUGUGUAUGCAAUUAUUGCAGCAGUUUCAAUUGUGUUGAUAAUGAUAAGAGCCUUUUUUGUCACACUCCUUGGGCUUAAGACUGCCCAAAUAUUCUUCAGUCAAAUUCUGUACAGCAUACUGCAUGCUCCUAUGUCAUUCUUUGACACUACGCCUUCUGGAAGAAUCUUAAGUCGGGCCUCGACUGAUCAGACCAACAUUGACCUCUUUCUUCCCUUCUUUUUAAGCAUGACUGUUACCAUGUACAUCACAGUGAUCGGCAUCAUCAUCAUCACAUGUCAGUAUGCUUGGCCAACAAUAUUCCUUUUAUUUCCACUUGCUUGGCUGAAUUUCUGGUUCCGGAGAUACUACCUUGCAACAUCUCGUGAAUUAACUCGACUUGAUUCCAUUACCAAAGCGCCUGUCAUUCAUCACUUCUCAGAAAGCAUUUCUGGUGUUAUGACAAUUCGCUGUUUUAGGAAGCAGGAAAUAUUUUGCCGGGAUAAUGUCAACAGGGUGAACGCAAAUUUACGUAUGGAUUUUCACAAUAAUGGGUCCAACGAGUGGUUGGGCUUCCGUUUGGAACUCAUUGGAAGCUGCGUCCUCUGCAUUUCUGCAUUGUUUUUGAUCUUGUUGCCUAGCAGUAUCAUUAGGCCAGAGAACGUUGGAUUAACUCUCUCGUAUGGUUUGUCCCUCAAUGGCGUGUUAUUUUGGGCUGUAUAUAUGAGCUGCUUUGUGGAAAAUAGAAUGGUUUCUGUUGAGAGGGUAAAACAGUUCACAAAUAUUCCAUCAGAAGCUGAAUGGGAAAAAAAAGAUUGUCUGCCCUCUGCUAAUUGGCCUACCCACGGCAAUGUUGACCUCGAAGAUUUGCAGGUUAGGUAUCGUCCAAAUACCCCUCUGGUUCUUAAAGGUAUUACUCUCAAUAUUCAAGGAGGAGAGAAGAUGGGUGUAGUUGGUCGAACAGGGAGUGGAAAAUCGACUCUGAUCCAGGUUUUCUUUAGGCUGGUUGAACCUUCAGGAGGGAGAAUAAUCAUUGAUGGCAUUGACAUUUCCAUGCUAGGGCUUCAUGAUCUUAGGUCUCGCUUUGGGAUCAUUCCUCAAGAGCCUGUCCUUUUUGAAGGAACUGUCAGAAGCAACAUUGAUCCAAUUGGGCUGUAUUCAGAUGAAGAGAUAUGGAAGAGCCUUGACCGUUGUCAACUUAAAGAUGUGGUUGCUGCAAAGCCUGGUAAACUUGAUUCUUCAGUUGUUGAUAACGGAGACAAUUGGAGUGUGGGGCAGAGGCAACUUCUCUGCUUGGGAAGGGUAAUGCUAAAGCACAGCCGGCUUUUGUUUAUGGAUGAGGCAACAGCUUCUGUUGAUUCACAAACUGAUGCUGUAAUUCAGAAGAUCAUCCGAGAGGAUUUUGCAGCCCGUACAAUCAUCAGCAUUGCUCACAGAAUACCAACAGUCAUGGACUGUGACAGGGUUUUAGUUAUAGAUGCAGGUUGGGCAAAAGAGUUUGACAAACCAUCUCACUUGCUAGCGAGGCCUUCACUAUUCGGGGCACUGGUUCAGGAGUACGCUAACCGCUCAUCUGGAAUAUGAGAUAAACCAUAUUGGUUUUUCCCAAAAUUGUCUCUCUCGAUUUCACUGCUGCCAAUUUUGGAAAUCUUCCUCAGAACGAGUCAGAUUGCUUGUAUUAAAUUUCAUGCACUGUAGUGACGAUAUAAGGUAUUCUUCAUGGAAGAUGGUAUAGACAUCCCAUUUAAUCAGCUUACAUGCUGGCAGUAAGUGAUGCUAUAUAAUACCAACCAUUGUCAAUAUUUAAUGAAAUCAAACUUGUUUCGUGCAUUAAUUUUUAAAUUCCUCCCCCCCCUCCCUUUGGAGCAAA